AUGGUUGCAAACUAUGACGUCAUUUUACAAAACCAUGUGAAACAGUGCAUUGAGGAGAGUAAGAAACAUAAGCAAAAAACAAUUGAGAAAAGAAAACUUGUCGGAAAGUCAACCAAAAGACAAUACGGGCGAGGCUCUUUGAUCACAUUUUUGUCCAAAUCGUUUAUAAACAAGCUAAUUAAAACGAUUGCUACAAUCGGACGUAAUAUCAUAUUGAAAGACCUCAAAGAUAGUAUUAUUUACAGCGUGAUGGUAGACUCUACCCAAGAUGUGGCAGUGAUGGACCAAUUAGCUAUAUGCGUACGCUACGUUGUCCAAGGAAAGGUUUAUGAAAGACUACUAGAGAUGACUGUUAUUGAUGACUCUAGUGGACAAGCAUUGUACGAGCGAAUAACAUCGGAAUUAGCAAAGCACGGAAUUCAAGCAUCAAAUAUAGUUGCGUGUUCAUUCGACGGGGCAAGUAAUAUGAAAGGGUGUUACAAUGGCUUACAGGCUCACUUCAAAAAGGCACAUGAAAAUAUGAUUUAUACUCACUGUAUGGCUCACGUCUUAAACUUAGUAGUAGCUGACUCGACAGUAAAGUUGCUUCAAGCAGAAAACUUAUUUGGAUUGGUAGAGGAAUCUGCAGUUUUUCUGAGUUCAUCUUACAAACGAAUGGCAGUGUGGGAGAAAGAAACAAAAAAACAACAUACCGCUCACGACAAACUUUAUAGACUGCAAAAAAUAGGAGCCACUAGGUGGUGGAGUAAACAUAAGGCUCUGUCAUCGAUAAUUGAUGAAAGUGUUUUAAGGAGCGGGGAAAUUGCCACGGACAAAUUAACUAACGUCAUUACCGUAUUCAAAGAAAUAUCUGAUGGUAAUUUUGAUUGCAAAUCCAGAUAUAUGGCCAGAAAUUUGGCAAGUCAAUGGGCGAAAUUUGAAAACCUAUUUAUUUCAUUCGUUUUACUAGAUAUGUUUCUUGUUAUAACGCCUGUUUCGAAAUAUUUGCAAACUAAAACAUUGGACUACGCUAUUGCUUGGGAUUUGGUUCAAACACUACUUAAACAGAUCAAUGAAAAAAGAAAUGACAAAUAUUUUGAAUUUUUGUACACGAAAACAAAAGAGUAUGCGACUGCUGUUAACAGUAAAUUGGAAGAUAGCAAUAUUGAUUUGGAAUUACAAUUGGACUUUACGGAAAGAAGAAUUUCAAAGAAAAAACGAAUGCCUGGGGAACAAUCAAGUGAUGAUGCUCCUGAAAUAUCAGUAGCUCAACAUUUCAAUCAUGUAUUUUUCAAUAUGUUAGACUGUGCUAGAACAAGCAUAGAAGAAAGAUUUUGCCCAAACAGAGAAAUUUUAGAGGACCUUUCUUGGUUAAAUCCAAGAAAAUUUAAUGACAUAAUGACGAUUAAAGACUUUCCGGCUGGAGUCCUCUCUUGUAUCUCAAAACUUUGCAAUGUUGAAAGAAGUAUAUUAUUAAUAGAACUUAAACAAUUUGCAGAUCAGUACAAAAGUUUCAUAAAAGUUGUAAACACUCAAGAUGAACAGAUCCCAGACGAAGAAUCAAACAAAGCAGAAGAAAUUUUAAAAGACCGUGAACUCGAUUCGGAACCUGAAUCAGAACAAGACAAUUUUCGUGGUUUCUGA